AUGGUAAAUCUAACAAUAGUUGGAAGGGUGAGAGAUGGUUUAGCUCUGGCACAAGGCCCCAGGUACAUUAACCAAGUGAAUGAUAACUUCUCAUUUUACAAGCAACAAGCAGAGUUCAUCCUCAAAGAAAUCUCAAGAGGAGCAUUGGCACCUUCCAAGAUGACAAUUCGUGUUGAUCACAACUCCUUUCACUACCUGAUGGAGAAUGGAAUCUGCUUCAUCACAUUGUCUGACUCUUCAUAUCCAAGAAAACUAGCUUUCCAUUAUCUUCAAGACCUGCAAAAGGAGUUCCAGAAGUUUGAUAGUGACCUUGUGGAUAAAAUUACAAGGCCCUACAGCUUUGUUAAAUUUGAUAGUAUCAUUGGAAAUAUUAGGAAGCAAUAUUUUGAUACAAGAACACAGGCCAAUCUAGCAAAGAUGAUUGUUAAUCGUGGGCAAGAUCUAAGUAUAAUUAUUGAGCACAUGUCCCAAAUUGUAGAAAGGAAACGUCAUUCAGAAACUUCAGAAAGAAUAUAUACAUCUCCUGAACCUAAAUCCUCCAUAUGGGGUUCCCCGCUCCUUGAGGAUAUUGCUCUGAAAUGGACACCUAUAACAAUCAUUUUUGUCGGUUUUGCUGAUAUUGCUCUGAAAUGGACACCUAUAACAAUCAUUAUUGUCGGUUUUGCUGUUCUUUUCUGGGCCAACUUAGCCCUCAAAGAGGAUUUCAUAAUUUGA